AGUUUUUUUGCCUGCGUGAAUUCUUUUUAAUAAAAAUUGCUUAAAAUAUAUUAUUUGUAUUGAAAUUAUUAAAAUAAUAUUAAAAAUUAAACUAUUGGCACUGGAAAAAGCAACCACAAUGGCAGAAACUGAAGAUGUCAGCGAACUGUUAUUCUUUGAUACAUUUUCCCAUGAAUCUGACGCGGACAUAAAUUUGGACCUAGUGCAAUUCCCCAAACCUGUGUUUAUUACACAAGUACGUAUUAUACCCUUGGGCGCCCGUGUACAAGCAGACUUUCCAGGUGGCGUACGUUUGGGUGCCACAAAUCCUUCCAAGUUCGAAAUAGAAUUUUUUGUUAAUGAUUUGGGCAUGCCGGGUGCAUCGGCUUUUGAGAAUUUGGGACAGCUACAGUAUAAUCAAAACGAUUGUAUACAUUUGGAGUGCACGCAGGAGAAGAUACCUACAGAUGGUUUGGUGUUGAGAGGCUGGUAUAGUACCAUUACUUUGGCAGUAUAUGGUGUAUUGACUAAUUCCCUGACGGAAAAUAUAGCCAGCCCACCACCGGCCCCCUGUGAACCGGAAGAAAUUGACGAAAUACCCAAUAUUAGUGGCGAGACUAUACGAAACUCUAGUAUGCCGGAAGAUGAACUAAAAGAAGAGUGGAAAGAACCAUUGACCGCAGAUUUAAGUGCUCAUGUACAUGAACACGAAGAAUUGGAAUAUGAUGCUUUACGUGUGCGUGGACCAGAUGGUCAUUAUAGACGAGAUUCUGGUGAUGAAAGAGAGAGGAGAUUAAGAAAAUCAUCCAGAUCCUCUGAAAGAUCACCCUCCUCUCGUAACCGUUGUCAUUCGGAAAGCAAUGAAUAUGUUAGAAAUAGAGAACGAGAGCGUGAAAGAGAUAGAGAGAAGCCCUUAAGAGAUUGGUCCAGAAGUCCGGUGUAUGCUCGUCAUUCUAGACGAAAACGUUCUGAACGCUCCCGUUCUGAUGUAGAAGAACCACCUAAAUGGCCCAGAACACCACCAGCCUCUAUAGAUUCACCUGUUAGACCUAGAUCUCCGGACUACACUGAUGAAGAGUCUAAUAAUCAUUAUAAAACUGUAAAAACCAGAAGUUAUCGCAGGUCAUCUGAGUCUUUAGCAGCUUCGAACAAUACGGCCGAUGCACCAGAGCCCUGUGUCAUUGAAGACGAUGACAAUCCUGGAACACCGGUAGAACAGUAUGAACCCAUCUUAAGUGAUGAUGAAAUAAUGGGCGAUGACCAAGACAAUGAUUCCAAUACCAACGAAGAACCUACUACAAAUGCCGAUGAGUUUGAACAGGAACUGCAGUCGUUGGCCCUUAAAGCUAAACCUGCAAUCAUUGCAUUUGAUGCUUAUACCCAGCCUGUGCAGAAAUUCACGCCCAGCUCACAACAGCAAUACCAGAAAGACGUUGAUAUCUUAAAAGCCUUACUCAAGAAGUUCGAGUUACAAUCGAAAUGUGAAGAUGUUACAGCCUUCAAAGAUGCUGCCACUACCACAGAAGAAAAGGAAAGUUUUGUUUUUAUAUGUGAACAACUGAUAAAUCAUUUAUCGUACAUUAACCAAAACUUUAAAAGAAGGCAGCAUAUUUUGAACAGUGUUUUAGAACAUCCACCACAUUUGAAACUUAUAUCAAAGAUAUGCAUUAUAGCAUUGGACUUUGAGGCUGCUUGUUGCCAACCACAGCCCGCUUUUAAAAUCAGACACAUUAAGACAGGAGCUAGGUUGAUGGAACUUUUAGCACCCAGUGCGGAAAUAUUCAAUCAUUUAAUAAAUAAUGAAAAAUUCGAUCCAUUUAAGGUGGUUUUAGAGCUUUACCAUCAAAACUACAUGGCUUUAUCCAUUAAAUUGAUGCUACUCAAAACUAUUUACUCUUUAUUGGAUUGCAAACCCGCCCUUCAACACUUCCUAUCACCUGUCAUCAAUGGCUAUCAACUUAUCUUGGACUUGUUGCAAUCUUCGAAACUAACACGCACCAAGUAUUUUCUGCAAUCCAUUGUUAAAAAGUUGCAUCUUAAUGAGUCCCUUUCGACGUUGCGUGAAACUUGUACACAACUCUUUGUUAUCACCAACUAUGAAGCGCAGUCUCUGGAACCUUAUCAAAUGUUGGAGGCUUGCUUGCAACAACUUUUGGAUGCUUUGCAGGAAAAUUGUCUUUCCUAUCAACAACCUAAAAGAUUUUUGCCCGUUUCAAAGAAAUUUGAAAUAUCCGUUGAUGCUGCUGCUCAAAAAACCUGUGCCAACACAUUUAGGUCAUAUUUUGUACAACAUGCUUUGGCGGAAUCAUUAUUGCUAAUUAUUAGCAAUGCCAGUGCGGUGCCUUCUUCGUUGGUGGUAACCAGCUUGGAUGUAUUGCGUUCCCUGUUGCAAUGCAGCGUGGGUAUUGAUUAUUUAACCGAUGACUGUUUUGAGGUGACACAAAUGCUGGUAGCAAUGCUGUUGGGCAUAGACGAAGUGCGAAAAGAAGUAGAGGAGGAGAUUGUUGAAGCAAAACUUCCAAAGUCUGUAGAAAUCUCACCAAACGAAGAAGUAUCUAAUGAAACAUCGCCUGAAACCCCUACAAAGUCACCUGCGAAAACUGAAGAAACUAAAACAAAAGACCCCGAAACUAAAGAACAAACAACUCCAGAGCCAGCACAGCAAGACAUUGAAAUGGCUUCUACGGAUAAAAAUGCUGAUGUAAAGAAAGUCCUGCAUAAUAAAGAGUUGGAAAAAUUGGCCAUUGAAUUGGCAUAUAAAAUACAAACCCGCUAUCAUUUAGAUGCAAUUGUAUUUCUCUCUACCAUUAAUGAUUCGUAUGAUUCCGUAGAAUUGGCCACACAUUUGCAUGCUUUGUAUUCGCAAACAUGUAAUGCCAGCGGUCGCCAAUAUACGGUUGAGGUAUUGGGUUUGAAUAAACAAAUACAAGUCUUUAUGGAUCUUAUUAAGCAGGAGCAACGUUUGCAGGCUCAACGUCAAUUGACUUCGCCCGGUGCCAAGUAUAAAAGUCCCGUCUUAAGUUAUGCCGUCGACCUGGUGGACUGUUGUGUACGCUACAGUGAAAAUUUAGAUUAUUUGAUAGAGUUUGGUAAGCGUAUUCUAGAGUUGGCCAAAAAUCAUGAAACCUUUGAACCUUCCGUGUCGGCCGUGCUGCAGGAACUGUUUGUCUAUCUGAAGCCCUUAGAAACUGCAAAUAUCUUUUCGUACGAUGAUAUUACACCACUAGUGGAAGUUAUUCAACGAUCUUUGGAAUACAUCACCACCUUCCCCGGUGAUCUUAUAAUGGGCCUAAGAAUUCUGCGACAUUUGGCUAUAGGACCAGCCACCAAAGUAUACAAAUCGGCCGAUACCGAAGAACUAAAACAUCGUUAUGUGGCCUUGCAAUUCUAUUCAGCCGAUGGUAUGCAGACCUUAGUGCACAUUCUGGAAAAACUAUGUGCAUACUUCGAACAGCCCGGUCUCCAUACACCGGCCUUAAUGACCAUACAGGGUAUUCACUGUUGCCAGAUAAUUUUGCCCACAUUGCAGGUAAUGCGCGAAAUGUUAUCAUUUGCCAUACAAUGUAGAGAUGUGGAAUUUAAAGAUUUGACAGCAAUUGAUCAUUUAAUGCGCACCUACUAUUUGAUGCACUUCUUUCCGGCAACUAGUCCGGCGGCCUCAGAAGUUGCCAAGGCUAAAUACGAAAUUGUACAGACAUUGUUGGCCUAUACGCAGCCCAAUGAACAGGACGAGGAGUUGCUGCACAAAUCGCUGUGGACACAGAUGAUAAGGGAGAUUUUGAAAAAUAUCGAUGGUCCCUCAACAUUUAUACCAGGUCUUCUAGUCUUGGCUGAGCUUUUACCACUUCCCCUACCACUACAUCUGCCUGUUGUGGAUCCCUCUGGCAAUAGCGAAACACUUAAAGGCCAGGCUCAGCACUUGAUAAGAGAACGUAAAAUCUGGUCGGCCCAUUUACAUCCACAGGGAGCUCAAAUUGCUCGCCUCAUUGAGGGCAUGGCUCCCUCAUCAUUCCCCCAACUAAGUGAUUUACUAACACGUGUCUGUCUUCAGCUAGCAGAUUUGGCUCCCAACAUGACGCUACUUAUUUCGAAAACUUUAAGUGAUCUAAUGACCAGUGAAUGGUCGUCAGCUGGACAACAGCCUACAGCACAUCUGGCACGUUUGCUGCAAUUUUUUGCCCGUCUCAAUGCUUAUCCCGCUUUGAAGAUAUCCACACUUUCCAUACUGUCUGGGAAAUUAUGGGAUUUCCUAAAUGGUUUGCUAACAAUGAAAACCUCUACGGAGGUGGGCAUAAAAUGUCAAAUUUCAGUGCAUCGCAUAUUGGAAAGUUUUUUGGAUUCGGAAAUUUCAUUUAUAGCUUCAUCCCCUGCUAUCAUCGCUAGUAAUAACAACAGUAAUCCUUUGCUGAACUUGGCCACUGCGCUGCCCCACAAAGAAUUGAUACCCAAAAUUGUGGAAGCUAUUUUCACCAAUUUAAUGCAGGUGGAAGUCACUUCAGAGGUAUCGGCCAUGGGUGUUAGAAAUUUGGUGAUUCUAACAGAGCAUGACAUUACUUUCUAUCACUUGUCGCUGAUAUUGAAACAAAAAUCUUCCGAAUUCCAGGCUUGGAUACAAAAAAUUACCACUGUAAAUGAGGCUGGUUCCUAUAAUUCCAAUAUUGAGUCUUUGGUUUUAUUAUUACGUUCCCUAACACAAAUAGAAGACUUGACACCGCAAUAUUCCUCCUUGCCGGCCAGAUCAUUGAAACUAUCCGGACUGGAAUUAGCUCAAAUAAUUGGUUUGAAAACAGAAGAACCCAAAUCUAAUUUAAUUGAAGCGAUUUCCUUAAUUUUGGAACGCAAUAAGGAAGACAUCAAUGAUACUCUAUUAAAUGACAUACAACAAUUAAAGGAUUUAAUGGCCACUGUUAAUGGUGCUACAAAUACCGAGGAUGAUGUGUUGGCCUCAGAGCCUCAUCUACCACAAACUGAAAGCAUUGUAACACAAUACGAUGCCCGACCGAUAUUUACCACUUAUGAUCCACAAACCGAUGAUGGACACAUGGUGGCCCAUCACUGGUUGAAUAUUCUAAAUAUUGAGUCAUUAACGGCGGAGGACUUUGAAACUCAGUACGAAAGAAUCAGCUGUGAUUUGACGGAGUUGGCAAAGACUUGCUUGACGCCGGAGUGUAAUUUGUCUUCGGACUGCAAGAGAGUAUUGCAUUUGUCCGCCUCACCCCAAUCGAAUCGCGAACGUACACCAACUGCCCCCUGUUUCCGCACCAGACGCGUUGAAGUAGAGCCCUCUACUGGUAGACCUGAGAAGAAAAUCUAUGUAACUUCCAUGAGAGGUAGAGGUUUUCCUCGACCUCCUCCAUCACGCGGAGAUCUAUUCCGUUCGCGGCCACCCAAUACCUCUAGGCCACCCUCUCUGCAUGUCGAUGACUUUUUGGCUUUAGAGACAUGUGGUGCCCAACCUACUGGACCCACGGGUUACAACAAAAUACCACCUUUAAUGCGUGGUUCUCGUGUAGGACGUAAUCGUGGCUCGCGCAUUUCCGCUGUAGCAGCCUAUCGCAAAACGAAAAUUUUACGCACAAACUCACCCUCCACCUGGAAUGAGGGUGGUUCCCCCCACUAUCGCUCCAAUCCAGAUUCACACUUUUCUGUGGGGCCCGGCGAUGGACCUCAUUAUUCGACUAAUCAUUUCACCGGCCGAAUUCGUGGGCGUGGCAUGCGUUCUCGCCCCUAUAUGCGUUAAAAUACUACAACUCGUUUAUUUGUUAAGCUUAAAAAAAGAUUAUCAUUUUUUUUUGUCAAAUUAAAUUACAAUACAGUUUGUUUUGUCUAUAUUCUAAGCUGACCUUGACUUAUUUCUGUUCGCACAUGUGUCUGUAAAAUCUUUGAAAUAAUAAUAACAAAAAAUCAUCGUA